GAGCUGAAUGAGUUUCAUGAUGUUCAGUUCAGUUCUGGAGCGUCUGGAUUGUGAACACUGUAGUAUGAUUCACUGUUGAAUCACUCUUGUGAGUCACUGAAGAUGAUAUUUUCUGGGGUUCAAAGCGAUCACAUCAAUGUGUGACACCACUGCUGCUGAUGACAUAAUCAUCACCCCAAACAUCACCUGUAUGUGCAUCUCUCUCUGGUCUGCAGAACUAACUCAGACUCAGCGCUUCACACCAGUGUAAUGAAUCCAGCUGCUGGGGAGUCGUUCGGUGGAGGACAGACGUUCACUCCGCAGGGCAGACGUGGCGUCUUCUCAUAUCCCGUCCCACCCAUCGAAGAGAACGGCCCAGAUGACAGAGCGCUUCUGAAACCUUGGGACUCCAGAAAGCUUCCACUGUUGUCUUCACGACCAAAGUCCUGUGAGGUGCCCGGAAUUACUGUCUUUCCCUCUCCAGACCAGCAGGGCGGCGCUCCCCACACGUCAACACUGUUGAAUACGGGCGGCUCGCUGCCAGAUCUCUCCAGUUUGCACUUCCCGUCACCGCUGCCCACCCCACUGGACCCCGACGAGCCCGGUUACCCCACCCUCAGCGGGGGCAGCAGCACGGGUAACCUGACCUCCACCCUCACCCAGCUGGGCAUCAACACCCACAACACCUUCCACUCUCCAGGUCUGCUGUCGUCUCUGCCCGGCACCCUGAGUAACCCCUCCCUCCAGUCGUCGCUUAGCAACCCCAACAUCCAAUCAUCUCUCAGCAGUCACUCAUUCCCCAACUCUCUUAGCUCCGCCUCCCUGCACUCGUCUCUCAGCAACCCCUCCCUCCAGUCCUCGUUAAGCUCCUCCCCUUCUCUGAGGUCAUCGUUCAGCAAUCAGUCACUGCGUUCCUCCCUCAGUAACUCCUCCCUCAGCGGCCAGUCCCUCCAAUCAGCAGCCAGUAACACUUACAGCAGCGUACCCGGACAGCCGCAGCUGAGCACGUCGCCCCGCAGACGAGCGCAGCUGUCCCCUGUCGUUCUUCCCUCGGACACACGCAGACAUCACCCCAAACAGUUCUCGCCUACCGUGUCGUCCCCCCUCAGCUCCAUCACGCAGGGUGUAGCUCUUGACACCAGUAUGCUGCAGGUGGAUCAGAGAUCGUCGCAGUAUCCAUACGGGCAGCCGCAGACGGGCGGGCACACACACACGCUUCACCUGCACAACAUGCAGAAUCUGCAGAAGUCACACAACUUUAAUGUGCAGCUGAAGCAGAACCCUGCGAGCUACGGGCCCGCAGACAUGCAGACGGGCGUCCCGGCGGAGCAGCAGAUCAGUCAGACCCUCAGCACUGAACUGGACUUUUAUAAUGACACCUUGUUUCUGAAUUCCUUGCUGGAUGAUCCGUACCUGACCCUGCAGUUAACAGGCCGACAGAACCAGAACCUCAAUCAACAGUUGGGUCUGGACUCUCAGGGGGAGGCUUUGAAGCGUGAUCUUGGAUCAGGUACCCUGGUGAAGGGUCAGGGCAGUUCCUACAACAUCCAGCAGGGGGCGCAGGAGUCCACACAACAACAGCUGCAGUGUCAGAGUUACACAGACGCACAACACACUGGGCCCAACAUCAUGCUGACAGGAGAUUCUCCAUCAGGACUAUCUAGGGAGAUCACCAGCGCCCUGUCGGGUGUGCCAGGCUUUGAGAUGGACCCGUUUUCCUCUGAUGACCCGCUGCGGAUGGACCCGUUGGCACUGGAGGGUCUGGGCAUGCUGACGGACGGAGACCUGAUGCUGGCUGACCCCGCGGUGGAGGACUCCUUCCGCUCUGACCAUCUGAAAUAACCACUGUGGUGUUUGUGAAUGUGUUAACUUGUCCUUUGUGUGGUCAGAAACAGCAGGACGGACAGAUGUGUGUGUGUGUGUGUGUGUGUGUGCGUGCGUGCGUGCGUGCGUGCGUGCGUGUGUGUCUUAGCUGCAGGCUAACUAACGCGCUUGUGAACUGUGAGCAUUCCUCUCUUUAACUUGCUGCGCUUCUCUGAUCCUGUCACAGAUGCCACGCUGUCAGCCAAUCACAAACCAGCCACGGGUUUAUGACCCUGAGCUAAAUCAAACCAGGCUAGCACACAGAAUUCAGACAGAUGUCUUUGUGUUUUCUCAGCGUGCUGUUCAUUCGCUCACGUCACGUGUGAGUCUGUCCGUCUGUCUGUGCGUCCAGGGCAGCAGACAUGUUAAUAAUCUGUGGUCAUUUUUGCAGUAUAUAGUAUGCAAACGAUCUGAAGAUGCAUGAACACUCAGAUGAUUUAUUACAUUGUGCAGUAUACAAGGGAGCAGUGUGUGAAAUACCGCUGGCAUCCCGUUCCCAGUGUGACAAAUGAACAGUAUCAGGUGUUUUUUUUGUUGCUUGUUAAUUGAUCAGACUGCCAAAUGUUACGACACAAGUCAAAUGACAACUGGAUGACCACUUGUGACUUAAAGUGAACAGUGUAGACCGUUUGAAUCAUUGAUGGUGUAAUGAUGCCUAACGUCGUCACUAUAAAGAAUAGUGUACAGUAUAUACUGCACAGUAUGAAGUAUGUAGUGAACUGAUGUUUCAGCUGGUACCUGUAGUGCUGAAUGUGGUGUGUGUUCCUCUUUGUGUUCUUGUGCUUGUGUAAAAGCAAAUGACCAAAUAUAUGUGCCUGUGUGAUCAGGUUUACCGGAAUCCUCUCGUCUGCACUCUCUGCCUGUAUUUGCACGGAUAUCCUCUUGAGCAAGGCCAUAUUCAAAGGAACACGUAUUUUUAUCUCACUCAAUAAUGUGUACUAUAAGAUUUAUAUUUUAAUGAGAGUUGCUAUUGAUGUGUAUGUGCAUAAAUGUAUUUGUAUAUGAAAAAACUCGUUUAUAUAUUAAGGAAGAGAAGCUGCAGGGUUGCGUUUUGUCACCUGUGGUUUAAUUCAGAUCAAAAGCAUCUUGUGAAAUGGACACAGGCACAGAAGAGAGAGCACAGUGUGCGUGUGUGUGUCGUGUUCAGUACCGCUGCCUUUGUUUGAAGUGUGUGUGUUGUGUUUGAGUUUUGACUGCAGGAGUUGGGCUUUAAUUCUUACAGUGCCUGAACUUUCAUUGUGAUAUCAGAGCGUUUCAGGAGCUCAGAUGAGGGUCUGUGUGUUUGUGUCCAUUGAGAUUUUUCAUGUUACACUCGGCGCUGGACGCUGCUGUUGUCUUCACUUCACAUUACAUUCGUCAUUCAAAAUAACAUGCAUUUAUAUGGAGGACCAAAGUCAUUCAAUUCCAAUGUAUUCUCAGUUUUGCAUUGUUGCAAAGCAGCUUAAAUGCAUGUUACAGUAAACAGUAAAUACAUUUUAGCACAGACAUAAGGAAAAACAGAAAAUUAUGAAAUGUGUAGAAAACAUGAUAUUAUCUAGAGAUGUUGACUAUUGAAAACAGUCUAUAGGUUUGUAUUUAAUACAAUAAAACAUACCACACAAGAAUCGAUGUGGUACAGUUAUUUUAUUCUGAAUACAUUUGGUCCUUCAUAUUUGUUGCCUUUGAAUAACAGAUAAAAGAUGAGAUUGUCUAGAACAUUAAGACAUGUCUUACUGUCUGUCUGCAUGUAUGUACAGGACAUGAGUUUGGUUUAGUUUUUUAAGGUUACAGAUGAUGUUUAAUGUCCUGCUGCUGCAUUGCACUGUGUAGAAUGAGCUGUUGAACAGCUGGACUCUUAUUAUUCCCAGUAAUGACUCAACUUUGACAUUCUCCUAUUGCGCUUUAGCUUUGUCACUAUAGUAACUUGGCCUCGCUUUUGCCUUGGUCAAAUAUGAAAAUAAAAAUAUUUUCUUUCUAUUUUAAGAUGUACUUUUACAGUUGUUGCUUUUAAUUUGUGCCAUUUUGAUAACCAGGGAAACACGUUUGCUGUAAAUAAUGUUCCUAAAACACAGUAUCUAACAGAACAUUUUUUAAGACUGUAUCCUCACCAUAUUUUACAGAAAAAUAAAGAGUUCAAAUGAAUGUGUGCCAGACUCA